AGCCACAUUUGCCUGUGAUCCUGCGCGCGGAAGGGGUGCACGGCUGCCCCUUCUGAAUGCUCUCUAGAACAAAAAGGGGAGCCACGGUUAUUUAACUCUGCAAGGCUUCCCUGGGCUAUAUGUUCAGAGGCUGAGGAAUGCCAGAACUAACUGAAUCCAGAUGUGCUUACUUGGCAGCCACCCGGCCAACCAUUACCGAAGGCAUACAGUAUUGAAACGAUUGCAUUGGAUAUGGAGGGGGCCAGCAGGCAGUUUCCCUAAUGCAAACUCUGAUGUUCCGUAGAGAUCGGUGGAAACAAUGAGAGUUCAACUCAAAGGUGAUGCAAUCUGCACACUGUUCCUGGUGGUAGCUCUUUGCACCAUGCUCUAUUCACAGCUGGGCCACACUUCCGUUAGAGAAGAAAAGGCGAACGGCCAGAGAAAGCCACCAGCAACUUCCCGGAUCUUCCCCAUUCCUGCAGCCCUCCAGCAACGGCUGAAUGCAGGAGCGACAGCAGCAAAGCCCAGAACUAUCUCAGAAGUGAAACGUGCCAAGGUGGAAAUCCAAGAGGACUUGACUACCACUCUGGCACCCUUGACACAUUCUGCUUUUGAUUUUAAGGGUUACCUUAGAAACAAAGAUAAUCGGAAGUUUGAACUCCUUGUUAAUCAGCCAAAGAAGUGCAGGACAAACCCAGGUGGCCCCUUCUUGCUCAUCGCCAUCAAAUCACUGGUGGAGGACUUCGACCGCCGUGAGGUUGUACGGAAAACUUGGGGGAGAGAAGGGCCCGUCAAUGGAGCACAGGUGCAAAGGGUUUUCCUCCUGGGGGUCCCAAAGAACAAGACAUCGCUGCCCAUGUGGGAGACUCUUGUCCGUCAAGAGAGCCAGAUGUACCGGGACGUCCUGUUGUGGGGCUUCCAGGACACUUUCUUCAACUUGACCUUGAAAGAGAUACAUUUCCUAAGCUGGGCGGAAGAGUUCUGCUCCAACGCCAAGUUCAUAUUCAAAGGCGAUGCCGAUGUUUUCGUUAAUGUGGAAAAUAUCGUCAACUUCCUGGAGAAGCAAGAUCCCUCUGAGGACCUCUUUGUUGGGGACAUCAUCUACAAUGCACAUCCUAUCCGAGUGCGGAAGAGCAAGUACUAUAUCCCAGAGUCUAUGUACGGGCUAGGCAUGUAUCCAGCCUAUGCAGGGGGUGGUGGGUUCUUACUGUCCUGCAGUACCAUGAAGAAACUCUCUCGGGCCUGUGGGGAGGUGGAGCUGUUCCCCAUUGACGAUGUCUUCUUGGGCAUGUGCCUGCAAAGGAUCAACCUGAAGCCCGUCAUGCACGAGGGAUUCAAGACUUUUGGCAUCACCAAGCCUUCUGCCGCCCCUCACUUGCAGACUUUUGAUCCCUGUUUUUACAAGGACCUCAUGGUAGUCCACAGCCUGAAGGUCGCUGAAAUCUAGCUGAUGUGGAACCUGCUCCACAACCCACGGCUCUCUUGCACCCAGAAGAAGCAAGUCAAGAAGGCUUUCAAAUGGAAGAUCAGAGCAAAACAGAAUGGGAAAGGUCAUGCUGCCUAAGGGACAGGUUCACACACAUGCAUGGACUGUCAUCACUUGAUGCAACCUCAAGUGAUGACUUGCAUGUGUGAAUGAUUCAUCGGGGGGGGGGACGACUAUCAUUAUAGAGUGUUCUUGUCAUCCACUGUCACAUCAAACACAAGAGUUUUCACCAGGCUUUAAUCAACAUGCACGAAGGAAUCAGACCUUAGCCCUGCAGAUGUGCGUGGGUUGUGCAAACAAGGAGAGAGGACAGGGUCGGGGAUUAGCACUACUGGAGAAAGUGAAGAAGAAUUAGGAUGCAUAAGCAAAGGGAGCUUUAUCCAGGAAGGGGGAUACAUUAGAAGCAGAGGUACAUUUGAAGGAAAGCUUUCUCAAGCAAAAUCAUUCAGACCCGAGACACAGGUAGAGAAACACCAGUUCUGCACUGUGGUUUCUUUUGCUGUGAUUUCCAGUGCCUGUCGAUGCUGACAUGCAUCAAUCUCCCAUCUAUUAUUGAAUCAUCUCCCCUGUUGUGUCAUGGAACUCAAGGCACCGUAUAUGGGGUUCCCGGGUCACUCAUCCAACCACUGACUACUCUCAGACCUGCUUGGCUUCUGCAAGGUAGCUGCAUCAUAAACCCGUGGAAUGUGCUGUGGGUCAAUCUCAGUUGCCCUGCAGUAGCUGAACCCAGAACAAGCUUAUCGUUGUCCACUUCGGGGAUUAUUGCUAAGAGGCACUGAUCUCCGAUGACCCAUGAUAGUGGCUUCAUGCCACUGUUUUGUCAGGUGACACUGCAACCAUCACAUCAGCAGGGUAUGCGAACUCAUGCUUGCCCCACUCCCAAGCAUACACAGUGCUUCUGCAAGCUGUGGCAUCCCUGCCACCCAAAACAUACAUUCUUUCAGAAAACCCUACAUCUACUCUGUAUAGCAAACCAGUAUUAUUUUCAUAUUGCAGCAUGAGAGAACAGAGGUUUAGCCAAGUACAAUGAUCCUCCAACAUGAUACCCGCCAUGGGCACUAAUGUGUUUUUGGGUGGCCACUCCCCUGUUUUAAAAAGCAUCUCUUCCCCAAAGCAGAGGGCUUUCUUCCAUCCCUGUGGAGCAGGAGCUGCUUCAGAAAAGCCCAGGAGGCAUCAUCUUUGUGCCUGCAGGGCAUUUGGAAAUAGGUGCCUCCAUCGUUGGAGGACUCUUUGCAUUGAAUCUCCCAACACUUUUUCCUCCAUGGCAACCAUUUUUGGUUGCCCCCCCCCUGUUUUCAAAACACCAAAUCUGUCCACAUGUUCAGCAAGGCCAGAUAUAUACAUUUCUUGGCCGGAGUGAGCUUUCUCAGCUCACAGCCAUUAUGCUGCAGUACCUCUCUGGAUAGAAAUUCUUGCAAGGAUAACCCCAUGAGCAGGAAAAC